GUAGCAGGGGGGCCCAAGAGGGGUCCAGUCUCAGGACAGCAGCCGUGUGGCAGUCAGAGGGCAGGCCCCAGGGAGGUCAGGGAUGAGCGCGUCUGGGCUCCUGGCCUGUGGAUGGGGGCUGUGGUGGACAUUCUGGACUCAGGCAGGGGCUCCUGGGGCUGAGACCAGCAAGCAGUUAGACAUCACGUUGCCAGCAGAGGCUCCUGAGGCCUGAGGGCUGUAGUUAUUCCAUGAACUGCUGGGUUCCACCCAGUAACACAGCCUUUACAGGCAGGGGUCAGGCUCCGGGAAGCACGAAGUGAAGGGGCUGCACCCAUCCCGGCUGCAAAACCCUCUUGGUGGGGAAGAUCUCAGAUUCCAAGGUUGGCCCUGCCAGACCCAAGAGGACAGACCAGGAGGACAGAUGAGACCCAGUGCCUUAGCCCCCCACCUUGCCCCACGAGGUCCCUGCGUCCCUCCUAUUCUCCACUAGGUCUUCCAGGCAGGUGCUCCACUGGGCACCCAGCCCCUUCCACCCCCUCCCCAGCCAUUGAUUACCAGCCCCAGCUUAGGGCACUUGUAGAGCCCCACAGGCACACCCUGGAGAAGAGAGGGUCCGAGUGAGAGGGGUGGGCCCCUUGCCCGCCACAGGCCCCUUGCCCACUGCUCCCCCCAGCUGCGCUGGCUUUUCUCUUGCAUGUGUGCUUGUGCCUUUUGCCACCUGGAAGACACCGCAGACGAGGACGUGGAAGAGGAGAAACCGAGACCCAAACUCACUGCUCCUAAGAUCCCAGAAGGGGAGAAAGUGGACUUCGAUGACAUCCAGAAGAAGCGUCAGAACAAAGACCUAAUGGAGCUCCAGGCCCUCAUCGACAGCCACUUUGAAGCCCGGAAGAAGGAGGAGGAGGAGCUGAUCGCUCUCAAAGAGAGAAUCGAGAAGCGCCGUGCGGAGAGAGCGGAGCAGCAGAGGAUUCGUGCGGAGAAGGAGAGGGAGCGCCAGAACAGACUGGCGGAGGAAAAGGCCAGAAGGGAGGAGGAAGAUGCCAAGAGGAGGGCAGAGGACGACCUGAAGAAGAAGAAAGCUCUGUCUUCCAUGGGAGCCAACUACAGCAGCUACCUGGCCAAGGCUGACCAGAAGAGAGGCAAGAAGCAGACAGCCCGGGAAAUGAAGAAGAAGAUUCUGGCUGAGAGACGCAAGCCGCUCAACAUCGACCACCUCGGUGAAGACAAACUGAGGGACAAGGCCAAGGAGCUCUGGGAGACCCUGCACCAGCUGGAGAUCGACAAGUUCGAGUUUGGGGAGAAGCUGAAACGCCAGAAAUAUGAUGUGAGUCCCGGCACCUCCGGCCCUGGGGCCCUAGCGGCUUUCACCCACCAGCCAGAGCAGCCACCUCCCUGCAUCGCUACCAAACUCUGGACCUGCCCACCCCAGGGACCUGGGCCCUGAAAGGCCCACACAGGCUGUUGCCACUGACCCCUGGCUGAGGCUGCUCUCCUGCUGGGGACUGUGGCCAGAGCCCGUCCUCCUGGCUGGCCACGCAGCACCUUGAGCGAUGAACCUAGCCCCUUUGGGCGGCCUUGGUUACCCCUGCCAUGAGGACUGUCAUGGCAGAGCAGCCAUGGCCAAGUGGACUCAGGGUUCAUUUUCGGAACCCCUUUAAGCUUAUAGAAAGUCCCCAUCAUCACCCAGCUCAGCCCCGGAGCACCCAGUCCGUCUGGCGUGGGGCGUCCUUUCCGCAGAGCCUCCUCCGCAAACCCAGACUCUGGCUUCCACCAGGGCCCCAGACACCUGCUUCCUCAGGGCAGGCAGAGAGGGGUGACACACUGCACCCCAUGGCUGGGAAAAGGGGCCUGGGACUGUGCCCCUCUGGGAUGGAGCAGAGCCACCAUCCCAUGCAGGCACUAUCGCUGCAAGCAAAGCUGGGACUGGGGAAGGCAGCCUUCCCGGGCGGCCUCAGGGCUUGGGGUACAAUGUGGGAGCUAGGGUGGAAGCCAAACUGUUUCCCACCCUCCCAAACACCCAUGUGGGCUCCAGGGGCGAGGGGUGAGGUGCGCAGCCACGGGUGAUCUGCGUGCUCGGGGCAAAUGCAGACACUCCAGCAUCACCAUUAAGGCCACGAUGUCCACCCUCCAGCACCGCCAGAGGCCCCGGGGAGGGCAGCUGUGCCCACAGGGCUUGUGCUCUACCAGGGUGCAGCGGGUGCGGGGCGACCAGUCCAAGCCAGCCGGGCAAAUCCGAGCUCCUUCUUGGGGGCUCUGGGCAGGCCACCUGUUCCACCUGAGCUUCCGUGAGCUCCCCUCCGACAGAGGCAGGGCGAUUACACUCCCUCCCAGAGCUGUCCCCAGGGGGUCCAGGCAUGAGGGACAGCCCUGGCCUCACCCUUGGGGCUCUGCCAGAGGGGCAGGCCCUGAGAUAGGCUUCACGGCACAGGACCCAGGCCCUUCCCGUGCUGUGCUCCCAGAGCUGAGUCAGGGACCCACUGGCUCUGGAUAGAUGUGGCCACAGCGGGCCCCCAGGGGCUCCAGAGCCUGGAGGGCCAUCACCAGGCCAAGCUAGCCCACAGAGGGGCCUCGAUGCCCCAGCCGCCCAUCCAGCCUUGUAACCAUCUUGGUCUUUCUAGAUCAUGAAUGUCCGGGCCAGAGUGCAGAUGCUGGCCAAGUUGUAAGU